UUCCAAUUUAAGUUACAAUGAGAAUUAACAGGAUUACGACUUUUUAUUCAAUUGAAUGGUCGUGAGUGAGUUUUCGUGUUUACCUUCUUUCUCCUCUGUGUCGUUGGAUUAUAAAAUGGGUCAAUUGGAAGCAAGCAGAUUUCAGAGGUGUGAAGAAUGCUGGAAUUGUGGAUAUUAAAUGUGACAAAUUCGCUAUACCGUCCAGAGCUAAGUGACGAAGUUUAAGCAUAAAUUAAUUCAAGAUUAUAACUCCAAGAAAGAAUGUAAUCUUUAAAGAAUUAACACUACUAUUAGCUAUUGAUGGAUCAUAUUGUACGAUUUUGUGAUAUGAUCAUACCAUAGUAUAGCAGCGUGCAGUCUUAAAUAUAUCACGUUUUUACACCAGUGAUAGCAUUUUCGUGGUACUUACUUUCCUCAAUUCAACUCAGUUUAUAUCAUUCGAUUUGCAAUAUAAUCAGAUCUAAUACGCCGAUCUUCCGUCACGUCCAUUGACGUCAAUCAUCAGAUAAUCUAACAACUACUUAUGAAGUUGUUAGUGGAGGUGGUGGUCACCCAUAUUUAAAAACGUGAAAUCAGUUCCCAUUACGUCUUUCGUGUAAAUUGUCUUCAAUAUGCCUGCAUCAUCAGGAGAACUAUGGGGUCAUCAUUUGAUGCCGCAGAGGCUCGACCUGGACAUUCUUCUGCCUACCGGUGUGAUUUUGCCAUUGAAAUGCCAAAGGGAUCAGACACUUCACAUGAUAAAAUCUCAAGUAUGGAAGGAAGGGCCUAAAUUUCCUUUGUUUCACCUGCUGUCACCUGAAGCAGAGUAUGUGUUCACGUCGGUUACAUCGGACGCAAAGAAGGAGGAAUUUCAUGACGAAUCCAGGCGGCUUUGCGAUCUUCAUUUAUUUGUUCCAUUCCUAAAAUUAGUUGAGCCCAAUGCUUCAACCAAGCAAGAAAACAUACUUAAUUCGCAAAUAAGUUUUAUUAUUGGAAUACCUGCUAAUCAGUUCGAUGAGCUAAGUGGCCUAGAAGUAAUAGAGUUUCGAAAGGACUCCAUCAACCUUUGCAAAGAAAUAGUUGAAACGAGAGAAGUUACAAAAGAACGGCAUGCCAACUAUGCUUAUGCUGCCCAAGUUGUGAAGAGUUUAAGUCCUCAUCAAAUGUUUGCGGGUGGUAUGGUUCUAUUGUCAGUUUGGGUAAAUGCUAGUCAUGGAAGUCCAGUCUCCGUAAAAGUGGCCGUCGAGGCAAACGCUGACACUGUUAUAAAGGAAACUAUUGAAAGUACGUACCGGAGGAAAAAAAGGCACGAUAGGGACGUCCCAUUGUCGACAAACUUUGUAUUAAAAAUUUGUGCACGACAGGAAUAUUUGUUGGGACCACAAUCCAUAUCGCAGUAUAAAUACAUUCGAGAAAUGGUACGCGUAGAUGAAAUUCCACAGUUUGAAUUCAUUGACCGUGACGUGUUAUAUAAUAAACUUCCCAUGGAACCUUUCCAUAUUCCUGCGUAUUACAGACGGACACAUAGAACAAGUGAAACAGAGAAACCCGUAGGAGAUGUGCAUUUGUGGAGAAUAAAUGUUCCAUUUUUAGUUCAAGUUUUAUGGGCUACAUACAUAAAUGCAACGACAGACAAUGUGUGUGUAAAAGCAGGGAUAUUUCAUGGAGAUGAAGCGUUGUGUGGACUUCUUCAAACAACACAAUUACCUUGCAGUACUGCGCGAUGGCAGGAAACAUUAACCUUUAAUCUCCCCGUUUCUGAGAUUCCUAGAAGUGCCAGAUUAUGCGUUUCAAUAUGCAGUGUUUCCAAGAGUAAACGAAAGCCUGCUAAAGAAGAAUAUUGUAUGUUAUCAUGGGGGAACGUAAACUUGUUCGACUAUAGAGGCAGGUUAAUUACAGGAAAAGUAAGGCUAGAGUUGUGGCCUGCUCCAAUGACGCUCGAUUCUGUUCAAUUGCUUAAUCCAUUAGGAUUAACUGGCUCCAGUUUGGACAAGGAAUGUUCCUCGCUGGAGCUGGAGUUUGACAAAUAUUCACAUCCUGUUUAUUAUCCGAAAGAACAAGAAAUUUGUACGUUAGCGGAAUUUCUUUGUAAAACUGAGGAUAUUGUUGCCACUUGUCCACCGUCCGAAGAAAAGUACUUAGCCGAGUUAAUAAAUCGAGACCCACUUUGUGAAGUUUCGGAGCAAGAUAAGGCAUUAGUAUGGAAAUAUCGAGAAUUUUGCCGCCUAGAGUACCCACAGUCACUUCCACGAGUAAUUGCGGCCGUGAAGUGGAAUUGCAGAAAACAGACUGCAAUCUUUUACGAACUACUGAGACGGUGGAGUUCGAUUCCAAUGGAAACUGCAUUAGCUUUAUUGGAUUGUAAAUCAGCAGAUGUGUUUUCACGGGAAUUGGCAGUGCGGAACCUGGAUCAACUACUCUGGGAUUCUGAUGUACUGGACUUGCUUCUUCAAUUAGUCCAAUCUCUCAAAUAUGAACCAUACAUUAAAUCACGACUGGUCCUGUUUCUUCUACGUCGAGCCCUAGGGAAUCGUCAAAUUGGGCAUUACUUUUUCUGGCACUUAAGGUCAGAAAUAUCUGGCAAGUCCUGGCUGGAUGUUCGAUUCGGUCUCAUUCUAGAAUCUUAUUGCAGAGGAUUAUCUGGACACUUGAGAGAUUUGUACAAACAAGUUGAAGCUUUAGAUAAAUUAACAGUUUUAACCGAUUCUCUGAAGGAUCGUAAGGAUGAUACACCAAAAGAUAGACUAAAGUUUCUCAGCGAACAAAUCCGACAGGCAGAUUUCUUAGAGGUUUUAGAGAAUUUGAGUAAUCCUGUAAGUCCCACAGUGGAACUUGGUUCCUUGAAAGUUGAGUCUUGCAGAAUUAUGGACUCUGCCAAGCGACCAUUGUGGCUUGUAUGGCAUAAUAACGACCCUUUAGCACAACUUAUAGGGUAUGGCAACACUGCUGCAAUUUUUAAGAACGGAGAUGACCUACGUCAAGAUAUGUUAACACUUCAAGUCAUUCGAGUAAUGGACGAAUUGUGGAGGUUGGAUGGUUUGGAUUUAAAAAUGAUGACAUAUAUUUGCUUAGCCACUGGAAAACAAGUUGGUUUGAUUCAAGUGAUUUUGAAGGCUCAAACCGUAUACACGAUCCAAAGACAAAGAACACUAGCGGCAAUCCAAGUCAAUUCGAGACAACUACACAAAUGGUUAAUGGAAAGGAAUAAAGGAGAGGAUAAAUAUUCACAAGCUAUUGACACCUUUAAGAGAUCAUGCGCCGGUUACUGUGUUGCUACAUUUAUCCUUGGUAUUGGAGAUAGGAAUCCUGAUAAUAUCAUGGUGGCCGAGGAUGGACAUAUUUUCCAUAUUGACUUUGGUCAUUUUUUGGGCCAUUUUAAAAAGAAGUUUGGAAUCAAUAGAGAACGCGUGCCGUUUGUGUUAACCGAAGAUUUCCUCUGUGUGAUUGCAAAGGGCCAUGAUAACCCACGAAAGAGUCCCGCAUUUCAUGAGUUUCAACAGCUUUGUGGAAGAGCCUAUAUUAUUCUACGUCGUCAUGCAAAUCUACUGAUAUCAUUGUUCAGCCUGAUGCUCCCGUGUGGAAUUUCGGAAUUGCAAACUAUUGGCGACGUUGAUUAUUUGAGAAAAACUUUAGCUGUGGAAAUGAAUGAAGCUGAGGCUUUAAAUUAUUUUCAAACAAGGUUUUGUGAAGCGUAUGGGGGUGGCUGGAUAACAAAGUUGGAUUGGUUUUUUCACUCUUUAAACCACAUUAAGGAUGCGUCUACUUGACUCUGAAAUAAAUUUGCUCCCUUCCAAUAAUUAUAACUCAUGGUCUGGAGCUGGCGUUACGAGUCUAUACGUGAGCCAUGAGUUAAGCUCUAAAAAAGACAAGACUCUUUUAUUCUCAUAGUCUGUGAUGUUCAUGUAUGUACAUAACAUGUUAGAGGAACUUUUGAGACGUAUGUUUCUCUCGGAAUCCUUACUUACCUCAUUUGUAUUAAUGUAUUAAUAAUAUUGUAAAGAUACCUGUGAGUAUGUCUUGACAAUGCCUAUAUUAUUUGGGAAGAUCUCUUAAUUCAACAUAAAUAAUCAUUAUACAUAGUUGUUGAACGACUUGUAUGUAAUUUAGGUAAACUCUUUGUUCAUUCAUGUUUUGUGUCCAGAUCGAAAAUUGCAGGCCAAUCUGUUGGUUACUGGGCUUAUAGGGGAUUUUUUUUUGUAAUAAGCUGAUAAAAUAUAUUAAUGAAUCCUGUUAGUUCCUACGUAUAGAUACAUACAUAAAUAAUAUACCUCACCUAUGCAAGUCGAUUGGAGCUAAUAUCCGUAAAAGUGAAACUAUAAAAACUUGAUAUAUGUAUAAAGACAUUAUUAGCCUUUGCCGUGAUCGAUCAUUUACUUAAAUAUUUCGUGAUUGAUCCCUUUGCCAAUUCUAAUCAAUGAUUGAUCUCAUAGUAUGCUGUAGUAUAUUAUGGUCAUAGAUUUGUAAUAUCAACGAGUCCCGAUUAAUUCAAUACUACUAAUAUUCCAACUCUGUAAUCCAAUACUUAGGUUAAAGAGAUGUUAACGAAUCUUGAAAAAAUUUUAAAUUUAUGUCAAUUUCAUGUAGCGAUUCGUCGCGGUUAUUUCAAAAACGUUUAAAUACACAAAGGAAUAAUAUGUAUUUGUUAAAUAAAGACUGAUUAAUUAAACUUA